CGGUCGCGCUACGUUGAUGAUGGCGGAGGUCAGCUGCUGUGUGAGGACGCGAGCGAACAAACUCAACGCGUUCAAAACACUGUGGACGCAUUAUCAAUGCCAUUAUUAUUAUCAUGGCCGUACACACAAGUGUGACGUCAGUGCUGCAGUGUGUUUGAGUUCAGAGUCAGCGGGAUUAUUGAUAAAUGAUCGACCACGUGCUGCGAUCAGAAUUAAUCAACAGACACCGGUCAGAUCUCACUGCACACUGACGCAAACACGCGCGUUCAGCUGGCGGAGACAUGAUCCGCCGCUCUACACGAACAGAACAGCGUAUUAUGACGUGCUAAGAGUCUCGCCGAACGCGGCGCAAGCGCAGAUCAAGAGCGCAUAUUAUAAACAGUCAUUCAUCUAUCAUCCGGACCGGAACGCAGGGAGUGAGGAGGCGUCGCGUCGCUUUGCACUCAUCGCUGAAGCGUACAGUGUGCUCGGGAGCGUCGCGCUCAGGAGGAGAUAUGACCGAGGCGAACUGACGCACAGUGACGUGCAGAACUCGGGCAGACCUUCAUCAUCAUCAUCAUCAUCAUCAUCACACGCGUCAAACCUCCACCACCAUCAUCACCAUCAGAGGACACGACGCGUGUCUGACGCCUCGGGGAAGUCUAUGUUUGACUUUGACGCGUUCUAUCAGGCUCAUUACGGCGAGCAGCUGCAGCGGGAGAAACAGAUGAGACACAAACAAGAUCAAGUUCAGCAACAGCAGCGGGAACAUUUCCGUAACUGGAAACGCGGGAAAAUGACGGAAAUGACGGUUGGAUUUCUGCUGGUGUUUGGAGGCGUGAUCCUCAUGAGCUUGAGAUCGUGAAUGAUUAUUUAUUUAUUUAUGAUAGUUCUGAACUGAAGCGCUGGAUUCCGUCAUGAAUCUUUUUUCAAGGACUGGAUUGAGAACAGCAGUGAAAUCACACCUGACUCUGUCACGAGCAGCCAAUCAGAAACGACAUCGUUGGGGUUUCUCCCAUCGGAUUGGCUUAUAUGUGUUUGAGGGCGGGGUUCACUACUGUCAAUCAUUACAAGACAACAGAAGACAUGAACAAUAAAUCAGUCAUACUGUUCAUUAAGAUGCUCUGCGGGAGUGUUCCGUGUUCAUAUUGGUUAUAAGUUUAGUUGUAGAGAGUUUAUCGCAUAAAAAUCCAUUAAUUCUGACGUUAUUUCAGAAAGAUUUGUUUUUAUUGUUAAAGGUCAUGUGUUUUCAGCUGCUGUGAUGUGAUUGUUCACGAGGUGGCGCUAUGAUCAGAUAAAUCAAUGACGCUGCACAGUUUUGAAUCUUUUCAUCACAUAAUAUCCCUCAUCAUCAGCAAUAUUAUUCACAGAAAUAUGAAGUUCAAUGUGUCCAUCACUUCUCAAUCCCACUACUAACGUAAAGGGUUCUGUAGGAAAUAAAAUCAGUACAGACAACAACUUGUGACCAAAGCAAAAGAACUGAGAGGAUAUGUGUGGAGAAGUCCAGCCGGUGGAAUGCAGUAAUACAUUGAUUGAAAUUAUGAUGUGAAUUGACAUUAAUGUUAAAAGAGGCUCAUGUCAGAUGUGUUUGUACACAAAAUAGAGAACAAGUCACUGAGAAUUAUAAUGAUCAACAUUAUCAUGUUUUUUCUGCUAGUAGGCUAUUUUUUUUAUUAGUAAAUCUGCUAAAUUAAUACAUGUAACUCUUUACAGAAGCAGAGAUACUGAACUAGUUAAUUUAACAAAUGAUUCCUUUAAAGGGGUCACGAAAAGCUAUUUUAUUAUGUUCCCUGAGGUCCACUGAUAAUGUUUGUACAGUUUUUUUUUAGCACUAAAACAGUGAUAAUAUAGUAAUGCAGUAUAUGAACAUUUUGCACCUGUCUCAAAUGCUCCGUUUUGGCAUCAGCGUCUCCUUUAAACUUCAAUGUAAACGCCCACUGUUCUGAUUGGCUAACAUCGUGCAUCCCCUCAAAUACUGCCAAAUUGAACCUCAAUCUGAAGAGAAUAAACAAGCUCUCCAUAACAUUAUAAAACUACAUUUCAGGGUGUACACAUAAUGCACAUCUAACAUAUUGCAUCUGAAUAUUUUAAAGUGUUCACUCAAACACACCAGCACCAUAACUAUCAAACAGACAUAACAUAUGAAAUAUUCAUGAAAGAAGCUGUUUAUGUACUGUUAUGUGAUCGGGUCCAGUAGUGUUUUUAACUACCCCAUCCUUCAAUAACUGUUCCUUUGCAAAGCUUGAAUCGUAUUAUGACUGGUUCACAAGCAGCAUACUGUCUGUCAAACACAACCAAAAUCACUGAUGUUUAAUGGAAACUUGUGUCAGGCUGUGAAUGAGAUCUGGAUAUCUGUCCGAAAACAUUCAUGAUCGUCUGGAGAUUAAACAUAUUUGAAGCCGUUGAUGGGAAAUUAUAGAUGUGAUAUAAUGAAGCAGACACGGUUUCAAUCUUUAUUCACUUUGGCCAUGAGUUUCUGAGAAGUGUCCUCAAAUACCACGAGAUAAAAGCAACAUCUCGACAAGAGAUGUCCAAACGGCCAACAGAGCAUGAACAGAUGAUGAGAAUCACAGGAAACAUGCCCCAUCUCACUUCCUGUCCAUCAAACACUGCAGGGAAAGUGUGAGUGAACGCCUCCUGAAAUCUGAGCUGAUAAGAAUGUGCAUCAGUUUAAAAAGUCUUGACAUAUAUAAUCCAUCAGUGAUGUUGACCGCCAACAACCCAUUUCAUGUUGAUGUUCAUGAAAUACACAUCAAAGGCUUCAAUGAACCCCUCAUUAAAGAUUAGUCUUUUACAUGUUAGGUCAUUAUUAAUGAAUACUG